UUUCAUUGCUGUUUCCUUCUUGCUGCUGCCUCUCAGUUAAUACCCCUGUGCAUUCUUUACACUCCAUCCCCUUGCCCCCUGUUUGUUUAUUUAUUCGUGCCUUGCUCCUCCGCUCCUCCUCCCCUCUCUCACUCACUCACUUCCUGUCUGUGUUCUCCCACUCUCUGACCCACUUCAGCACCACUUGGGCCUGUUGCGGGUAUGCCUUCUUUGUCCUCUUUGAUGAUUUCAUCUCUGUUCUACACUCCGUUCACACAAGUUCAUCUCCUUUUCGAAUCAUGGGAUCCUGCCUUCAUCAGCACGAUUGCGAGGAAUAUGAGUGUGCCGGCGAUUGGUCUCUGUACAAGAACAUUGACAUUACUGGGGUUACAGCUUUGAACGAAACAGUGGAAGGAAGUGCAAAAAGUGUUUUUAAACCUUGGGAGCAGCGUUCAGAUUUAUCAACCGUAUUGGCUAGCAAUGACGAUGAUGCUGAGCUUAUUGUUUUUAUACCGUUUACCACGGAUGUGAAAAUCAAGAGCAUAUGUGUCGUUGGCGGUGUUGAUGGUCACAGUCCUUCAAAGAUGCGAGCCUUUUUGAAUAGAGAUGAUAUUGAUUUCUCACAAGCGAAUGACUUAACACCUGUUCAAGAAUGGGAACUGGCUGAAAAUAUAAGAGGGGAACUUGAAUAUCCAACCAAGUAUGCCAAGUUUCAAGGAGUUGCAAGCCUUACGCUCCACUUUCCGUCAAACUUUGGGGCCGAUGCGACGCAUGUGCAUUAUAUUGGAUUACGUGGAGAAGCUACACAAAUGAAAAGAGAUGCUAUAGCAAACACGGUUUAUGAAGCUAUGCCAAAUCCAUCCGAGCAUAAGAUUUCACAAGAACAAGGGAUGCCACAGGUGCUGUAGGCUACUUGGAAACAUGAUCAUGCAAUCAUGACAUGAUCUGCUUCAGGCUCCGUCUUGUUGGACUGAAUAUGUAUCAGACUCCUCAGAAGAACCCUUCGAGGUCAAGCCGAUCUGUAAAGCUGUCUCAGAGCUUUUGAAGAUUUUUCGGAAGUCUUAAAUAGUAGGCUCUACUCCAGGUUGAUAAUGGUUUCAACUAAUUUGGCUAAGUGACGUUCCUAUUGAUCUUUAGGUUACUGUGGAUUGGAAGGAUUAAAUCUUGUCGGAUCUUUGCUUCCGAUCACUGUACAAGAAUAAUAGUAAAUUUUCAUCAUGAUUAAUCCUCGGAAGAUAAAAUAUACUGUGUUGUGAUACUCUACUCUUUUACAUGGUAAAUUUUUGGCA